AUGAGGGUGGAACCCUAUCUAGAAUGCAGGGCCGCAAGUCCAACAGCCCAUGUGACCAACCCUAGGGCAGAGUUGAGUGGAGUUGGUCAGAACAUGGACAGGGGACCUCAGAGAGGUGUGGAGAUGUGUUGGGAGGGUCAGAGGAGCAUGGGAACACGUUGGAGGAGGGUGGAGAAGCGCAGGAACAUGGCAGAAGAGGGCAGAGAAGCAUGGGAACAUGUUGGAGGAGGGCAGAAGGGGCUGAUGUGCAUGACUACAUCCCUUGAUGCUUUGGAGUUGAAGGCUCAUUUAGAAGCAAAGAUUGAUGAUGAAGCCAUCCUGUUCUCAACUCCUGGCUUUACCAAUUUCUUAAAAGCUGUUGUCCACAUUACAUUUCUCCCCAACUGCAUGCUAUGUCUGGGGACUGUGCAAUAUCCACCUGUGUCAGGUGGCAGAGUUGUAGGAGGAAAGUGUAUACCAUUUAGCUUCCACCAUUGGAUGUUACCUCACUUUACCAAGGAUGACUUCAGUUCAGAGGUGCUGGAGGAUGUCAUGGUCUACUAUGGUAGUGUGGUGCAUGAUCCAUUGGGUGACCUCAUCCAGUUCAUGUACAAAGAGAUGGUUGGUGUGACCCAGGGCAGUCUGAUAUAUAUUGUCUUCUGCAAGAAAGGUCCUGUCAUGUGUCAGGUCUUCACUGGUAUACAAAUGGUCAUCAACUACUGGCUUUUCCAUAAUGGUUUCAGUAUCAGCAAUGGUGAUCUAUUGCUGGACUGA